AUGGCAGGCCUGGAAAGUAUUGCUUUGGCUGUGGAUUUCCUGGAGCGCGAGAGGAAGGAGGCUGGCGACAACCCAGCAUCGGCGAGUAGAGCACCUCCUCAGAGCGGCGCCAACGCCGCUCCCUUGACAGCAGCGCCCAUCCCCUCAAGAUCGAGUUUUGUCAAUGUUCCAAGACGUGUUUCAAGUGAGUCAAUGUAUGAAGAUGGGGGUGCCCGUAACAAAUCUCCUGUCACUGGCACGCUACCCCCUCAGGAUCUGGCCUUGGCUGAAACCUUGUCGCCAGAGGCCAUCUCUCGAAUGGUAGAGGACUUGGCUGAUGAUGGGGAGUUCAAAGGGCCUCCUAUGCCUCCACCAGCCCCCACUGAGGUUAUCACCCGUGUCCAGGACUGCGAUGUUCUCUGUGGACGUGGUGGGGAGACGAACCAUCACAGUGGCAAUGUCAAGUACCGAACACUUGUCAAGCGUUAUCAGCCUCUCUACAUCAUGUCCAAGCGACGCGACAAACCUUUGAUCGCCUCCAAGAUUGUUCGCUUGGUCCGACACAUGGGAGGCCGUUUCCUCAGGAAGGACAAGACAAACACGUGGAGGGAUGUCGGAAACACAAAGGCCCGAGAAAAGACGUCUCAGGCCCUACGGGAGGGAGCCCCAGACCUUCGGUCGCCUCAGAAGGCAAACAGCCACACUACCAAGCAACAGCAGCAGCCUCCCCAGGCGUCUGCACCUCCCUCAAGUCUUGGUGCGAGGAAACAUGCUGAGUUUUUGGCAGGCGCCAAUCAUCCGUAUGCCGCACCUCCUGGAUUGGGCAUCUAUACCACAAAGCCUAGGGUUGUCGAGGGCGAAGCAGAUGUCCCCCCACCGAAGAAGAUGCGCCUGGUGAGUGGUCCCUUGCCUCCUCAGGCGCCCAUUCCAGUGCACGGGUUGCCACCACAGUUCUGGGCUGGGGCUCCUCCACCACCGCCACAUGCCAUGAUGCACCACCAUCAUCAUCAUCACGCGACUAGGACACCGCCUCCUCCUUUCAUGGGAAACAUGGGCAUGGGUGUGGUUACCCCCAAUGAUAUGCCUGUGGGCCUGCCUCCGCCACCACCACCUCCUCCUCCACAGCCUCCUCUCGUGUCGUCUCCGCGGAGCUUUGCCGCAACGGUUUCGGCAGACGACGAUGAUUCCCGUUCGGCUUCCGGAUCAUCCGCCUCUCGUUCCAUGCCUCGUGGCCCCAGGCUGAAGCUUUUGAAGAGGAGGCUGCAAGAAGAAGCAGCACAGAAGGGGGAUUAA